AUGAAAAGUCCUAUGCUGAAAUCGAAAAGCAUUUUUUUUAUUGUAAUUCCAAGGGAAGCAAGGGAAUUUGAGCUUGGAGAAACAAAGUAUUAUGUUGUUGCGAUUUGGAGUGCAAUAGUAUGGCAAGUGUUUCUUCUUGGGAGCAAUAGAAUUCUAUUACCCGUCACAGAGAUUCUGGCAGUAAUUUUCUACAAAGAAAAGUUUCAAGCAGAGAAGGGUGUGGCUCUUGCACUCUCUCUUUGGGGCUUCAUUUCAUACUUCUACGGUGAGAUUAAGCAAAUCAAGAAAAAGAAGCCAGCUCCUGAAACAGAGAUGCCAUCAGUUCCCAAUAGUGUGGAAAGUGUUUAA